AUGUCAUACGAUAACUACUAUUAUAUUCUUACAUUUAUUAUUCUAACUGUUAUUUUUAUCUACAGUAAUCUUUUCGAUUUCUUACUCCUAUACUUUAACCAUCGUCUCGAUCACUUUAAAAAAAAUCGUCGUCCGUAUCGCAUAAUAUUAGUACGUCAUGGUGAGUCACAAGGAAAUCUUGAUACAUCAAUUUAUGCACGUUUACCUGAUCCACAAGUAAGUUUAACAGAUACAGGUGUAGAACAAGCAUAUAAUGUUGGUAAACAAUUAAAAGAAAUUAUUAAAGAUGGAACUGUUUAUGUUUAUUUAAGUCCAUAUACACGCAGUAAACGAACAUAUGAAGCUAUUUCAAAGUAGGUAACAAAAAAAUUUAGAAGUGGCAUCGAAUUCUAAACAAAAUGACACAUUUAGUUUCUUGUAAAAAAAAGACUGUAAUUUUUUUCGAAAACUUUUGGACAAAAGCCAAUCCCAUGGAACAUCGAAAAUUUUUUUUGUGUCAAAUUUUUGUUAAAGAUACGUCAUUCGAUGUAGAAUUUCACCCUGAUUACGAAUAUCAGAUCAUUUUUUCCGAAAGUCUUUCUCAAAUUGAAAAAAUGGCUUCUUUUCACAUGCCGUAUUUUGGACAUACCUUUGGCUUUCACCCGACGCCCGAAUGAGGCUUGAAAUUCGAAAAACGUUUCCUUUUCUCGCUAAUACACGGAAAAGAAGGCCUCUAGGGUUAAACUUUCUAUUAGUUUCUGGGGGAAAACUGCACACAGUUAACGAAAAAAAACGAUUUUUUGGCAUCGUGGAAGUGCUUUUACAUUAUAAUUAAGUGUCUACCCAAUGAGCUAGGUUUAUAUAUCCAUGUGUUUCUUUCUGCUCCUUUCGAAUAUCGCCAUAAAAAAGAAAAAAACGUUAUAGAACACGUCGAAAUCGAACAAUAAUUCAAAACCUCGGUAAAAAUAGUAGAGCUUUUGCAGCAGCGAAUAAACUCAUUCCAAUUUUAUUUCGAGCUAUUAUUCGAAAUAUUGUAUUUGUAAUCAGUAUGAAUGAUGUAGCUUUUCUAAGAUAUUUAGUUUUCUUUCAAUCAAGGUGUUCAGAAUUCAAAUGCUACUACAUUGAACUGAAUUCUCCUUAAAAUUCCGUAAAUUUAUCUAGAAAAACCCUUAGUUCCCAGUCAGUUUGUUUUGUUUGUUUGUUUUUAUUUCGACAACAACAGUUUUGAAAAAAAAGAGUAAACUUUAGUAUUACAAUAAAAAAAAAAUUUUAACUAACACAUAAACAUGUUGUCAGGAAAGCAAAAAAGGUUUUAAACACCUAUAAAAAUUGCCACCUUUUUAUCC